AUGGUAUCUUCCCCAACUGUACCGCGCCAACGCCCCGGUUCAGCGUGUGAAGAAUGCCGUCGACGCAAGGUUCGAUGUGACCGGCAGCGGCCGCAAUGUCAGGUUUGUUACGAGACUGGCAUCGAAUGCAAGAUCAGUACCACACGAUUACCACGCGGUCCUCGAAAAGGACAACUACGAACGCUUCGGACUCGAAUCGCCGCUCUUGAACGCUGUCUCGCCGACCAGCAUCCAGAAAUCAACCAUCAAAUGGCUACACUUUUCGAUGGACCAUUGCUGGACUGUGACUCAGAGGACGACCCCUUGCGAGAUAUGAGCGCUCUUCGUGAAUCAUGCACCGAGUCUAUCUCCGACGGCAGGCGAACGAGUACAAAGUCUCCCUGCUCGCCUGGCUCACCCACGCAGCCGAGACUUGUCACUGAAUUGAUGCGGGCAGAUCUUGACCAAUUGUACUUUGAUCGGGUACACUCCUUUGCUCCAAUUCUGCAACGAUGGCGAUAUCAAGUCUGGGCUAAGCAGUCCAAGAAGCGUGAAGCCCAAAUAUGCCUUCAGUACGCCAUGUGGACUCUCGCGGCCUCACUUUCUGCCCAGUUUCGCGCUCUUCGGGAUGUGCUCUACCAGGAAACACGACGAAUGCUGGAUAAAUUAGAGCUCCAAGGCCCUCUGGCCGAUGCAAAUACAGGGAUUGAGCAAGCCCAGGCAUGGGUAUUGAUAUGUAUAUAUGAGUACAUGCAACUUUCACCGCUUCAGGCCUGGAUGAGCGUUGGUCGAUGCUGCCGACUUGUCUUAGGAAUGCGAUUAUACGAGCUAGACGACCCAAAUACCUCAGUCCUGGUGACGAGGGACCAAGAAACAAAAUUGAUCGACUGGACGGGGCUGGAGGAGGGCCGACGGACAUUCUGGAUGGCGUAUUCCCUCGACCGAUUCAUUAGUUGCCAUGCUGGGCUCCCGUUUACCUUGAACGAGCAGCUGAUCGUGACACGCCUCCCAGCCCCCGAAGAGGAAUUCCAGACAGGUCAGCCAGUCCUGACGAGGUAUCUACCGGAUGUCAUUAUGGGCAGCAGCAACAACUGCGACACAGAUGUUCUGGGCUCAUUUACCGAGUAUAUUGUCCUGGCGACGAUAUGUGGACGAGCAAUCUCGCACCGACAAAAGGCUACUGUUGAGCAAAUCAACGGCGAUGUCUUCCAGGGAUUCUGGAGCCGCCAUCAAUGGCUCCAUGAAUUGCUCAAUUACCGCAUUCAGAUACUCUCGUCAUCAGCGCACAUUGACCCGAUGCUCAUGUUCGCCCGGAUUACAGCGCAUACGAUGGUUCUUUUUUUGCAUAGCGUGCUCGAAUCAAUCACCUGGAAAACAGGUGAUCAUUUACUCGGAAUCAUCCAGGAUGAGCGGUUGUGCGUCAUGGCAGCUCAUGAAGUAGUGAAUCUGGUCAAGGUCCAGAGUCAGCUAGGGUAUUUCAAAGUGCAUCCCUUGAUGCCAAUCCCGCUUCUGAUGUGCAGCGAGUUCUUCGCAGGGCAUACCUACCUAGAUACAACCUUCGACAGCAUGUUGCAAGAGGUUACGGGAUGUCUUCAGGACCUGGACUUGGUCAAGAACCCAGUACAUAGUCCGCGCAUAUCGAUCUCUGUCUAA